AUGGCAACCACGCCGUCGCAAAAACCAUCAGCUAAAUCAUCCCUCAAGCCUAACAAGAUCGUCAUUCUUCGUUUAGCUCCUCAUCUGCUUAAGAAGGUCAUCUCACCAUCUGAAGACGCUUCUGAGCCAUCAGCCACUGCCUCUCCUGCACCAGCUUCAACCCCCAUCAUCAACGCUCCUGCACCAGAAGCCUCGGAAACGAAUGGCACCCCUGCACCUGGCACCGAUGCCGCUGCCACAGACAACAACUCAUUAGCUCCUCCUACAGCAGUCAACGGCAAGAAGAAGGGCGUCCCUGGCCCCAAACCUGGAACAAAGAGAACUGCUGCUCAGGCAGAGGCAGGCCCGAAUGCAAAGCCUAGGGGAAAGCCCGGUCCCAAGAAGAAGCCUCGUCUGGCUGACGGAACCAUUGACAGAACUGCUGAGGGCACAAAGAAGGGUCCAUUCGGCGGUGUGAAUCCCAUAGCUACACACAAGCUAGGCCCCAAAGCCAAUACGGGUGCCAUCAACGCUGGUCUUCGCGCUCUGGACAGAUCAGGCAAGCCAUGCCGAAGAUGGGAACGCAAGGGUCUUCAACUCAAGAGCAUAUCCGGUGUUGCUUGGACGGUUGGAUCAUGGGCCGCACCGCUCAAGGACACUUCGUCGUUCAGCGGCGAUGUCAAGAGUGAGAACUCGUCCAGCAGUCAAGCAGAUAAUGCUAGGCUUGCCAGCAGUGCACUCCCUAGCGAAAGGAGCAACAGUGGUGAAGGAGCCAAAGCAGACAACACUCUCGAGAGCUCACCAGCACCGGCAUUGGCUGUUGAGGCAUGA